CAUAUUAAAUUAUAUUACAUUAUAUUAUAUAUGAAUAUUUGAUCACAUUUUCUCUUAUAAAUUUACAGGUGACCUGUCGUAUAGAAACAACAAACCAAAAAAAGAAACAAAUAAAUAAAAAAGAAACAGCCAAAGCAAAGAGGAAUUACAUUUGAAGAAAGAGGAAUGGAACACUCAACCAGUGAGAUUACCCCAACUAAUGACCAACUUUCACUACAUUCUCAACUGAAAAAGAUGAGGAGAAGCAAGAGUUGAGUAGAACAAAAGAAGAAACAGCCAAACCAAAGAGGAUGUGUCUUGUAGAAAUUGGAGCUGAAGAAAGAGGAAAGGCACACUCCAAUGAGAUUACCUCAAUAGAUGAUCAAAUUUCACUGUUACCUCAAAUUGAAAAUGCUGAGAUAGAAGAAAAGAGGAAAGUGGAUCAUUUAAGCAGUAGCAUAAAUGAAAUAAUGGAUGAAAUGUUUGAGGAUUUAGACAAAUCAUCUAUUAAAUCGCGUUCCAUAUUCAAAGUAAAUGUGCGGCUACGUGAAUCAAAUUCAGAUGCUUAUACACCAAAGAUGGUAUCUAUUGGUCCUUACCAUAAAAAAAAUCCUCAACUUGAUCCAAUGGAAAUGUACAAAUUAUUGUACCUGCGACGAUUUCUUCAACGGAAGAAGCUUGAUGUGAAAAGCUGCAUCAGUGAAUUGCAGAAACUGAAGGAGGAAGCACUUAAGUGUUACGACGUCAUAGAAGAACUUGGUAAUGACAGUCAAUUUUGCCAAAUGUUGUUGCUUGAUGGUUGUUUUGUGGUUGAGUUUAUUCGAGAGCGUUGUGAAAUGUGUCCAAAAGGAGAAGACAAAAUUAUCAAUAUUAAUGAUAAUUACAUAUUUCGAGACUUGAUGUUACUAGAAAACCAACUUCCUUUCUUUGUUCUCAACCAACUUCAUGACAUGACAAAGCAAGAUGAUGAAUUACCAUUGGCAAUACUGGUGAAUAAGGUGUUUACCUUUUUUGUUAACUGGCCAAAAAUGACCUUUGAAUCCUUUGGAAAGAUAGAAUGUAAUGCAGAAAAUAUCAAACAUUUACUUCAUGUAGUACACAUAUUUUCAUGUCAUGGCCAGAAUCCCAUGAAAAAGUCAAAUGAUAACAAAAAGAGGCAUAUGAUCAUGCCAAAUGCAACAGAGCUUUCCGAAGCUGGAGUUAGCUUUGCAAAGAUCGGAAAUAUCAAUAGAAACAAAGACAAUAUUAGCGAUAUGACAAGUUUAUUUGAUAUAAAGUUCGAAAAUGGAUUGAUGACAAUCCCUUGUUUUCAAGUCGAAGAUAAUACGGAAACCCUCUUGCGAAAUCUCAUUGCUUAUGAGCAACAAUCGUCUGAUGUACAACCUAAAUAUUUUAGUGAUUAUGCAACUUUUAUGGAUUAUCUUAUCGACUCAGACAAAGAUGUGAAUUUGCUUCGCCGGAAAGGAAGCAUAGAGAACUGGAUGGGAGAGGACAAAGAAGUAGCUAGCAUCUUCAACAAAAUCGGAAAUGGAGUCGGUGUUGAUCCCAACAACUUCUAUUACAAUGAAGAAUGCUUAAAAGCAAUUCAGCAUUGUGAAAAACCAUGGAACAGAAUGAAGGCAAAUUUGAAGCACAAUUAUUUUAAUAGCCCUUGGGCAGCAGCUUCAACUGUGGCAGCUAUCAUACUCCUUAUACUCACAACUAUACAGACUAUUUUAGCUAUCACAAGUGCCGUUAAGUAGUAAUUGUCUCAAUUGUAGUGUUGAUGAGCUUAUGAGUUA